AUGACAAUAACAGAAAAAUAUACUCCUGCAGCACAAUCAUCAAUUAAAUGCAAUGGAACGUAUUUGGAUUCGAAAGGAGAUAUUGCUAUUCCUCAUGACUUGAAAGAUCUUUCCACUUACAGUAAAUUUUUAGCUCUUUAUACCAGAGACCGCCAAUCUAGUGCAUACAAAUCAAUAGAAGAAAAACAGGAUUUCAAUGUCAAAUCACAGUGGACUUCCUUUAUUCAGCUAAUUAGUGAAUUUGAACCGGUAAAGGCUUCUGUCAGUGACAGUAUAACCGAGUACCAUAUUCCAUCAGACAUCGCAGACAAGUACACCGGUGGCCUUUCGAUACCUAUUAAAAUAUCCGAGUAUUGCAAAGAGAGCGAACAUCAGGUCAGAGGUUGUGUCACCACAAUUGAAAACGAAAAUGAAUUCAACGACUGGUUCAUUUUCCACAUUUUAGACCAGGCUCGACUGGGUUUGAGUGAAAAAAAAGUGUGUGAGACAGGGAAACCAUAUCAUGAAAUAUUUAGCGACUAUUUUGAAAAAAAAUUGAAAAACACCAUCAAAGAUGACAAAUGGGAUGCUCAAGGUCGUGAAUAUUUUACGAAAAGGGUUAAAUACUUUACCGAUAGAUAUACAACGAUUGAAUGUGUCCUACCGGCAUUCCCAUGCAAGUCGUCGAAUAUCGAUAAAGUGGUUGACGAGAGCCCCGACAAGGGCGAGGAGCUUGCCUUGAAAAGAUUGAUAAAAGCCACCAUUGAGGUGGGCAAAAUAUACCCUCCAGGAAUGAAAAUAUGGAUUAUUAGUGAUGGCCAUGUCUUCUCUGAUUGUAUAGGUGUCGAUGACGAUGUAGUUAACAGCUAUACUGUCAAGUUACAUCAGCUUUAUGAAAAGAUUGCAGUACCAGGGGUCGACGCUAUCGGAUUUUGCGGUUUGAAUGAUCUCUUUUUCAAUGGUGCUGCAGCUUCGUCAUUUAAUCCUCAAAUGAUUGAGGAUAUCGUGGUUGACCAUUUCACCGGCUCGAAGAUAUGUGCUCUGUCAGAUGUUUCCAGGGCGAUCUUGAUGAAAGGUUGUGAUACCGACGAUGGGAGACUAAGAAAACAAAUUUCAAUUGAUGGACACCCACGUUUAAAUCUUUACAGAGGAUUCUCACGUUUCAUGUCGGAAGACUUGGCUCUUUUACCAAAUUUUCAGGCAGCUUCAAAAAAGAGCUUCAAAAAAAUAGUCUCGAAGAUAGCUUUCAAUAUGAUCAAAAGGAACGAUGCUUACUCUAACUUGGUAGAGCUGGUAUUUCCACACCACAUGAGACUAUCAAUUCAUGCCCAUACGAACAGUGGACCGAAAUUUGGAGUUAAAGUCAUUUCUAUGGAGCAAUGUAUGAUUGUGAAAUCUUUGAACAGCGGACAGGAGCCAAAAUUUGAAGACUUAUUGCAUAUACCCACACCAUGGCACAAUUGUGUUGCACUGCUAGACAAUAACCAAUAUGUUCUGACAAAAUCAAAAAUUGUCAAAGAGGCUAUACUCAACGGCACCUACGAGGGCGAAUGGCAAAACACAUGUUUGGAUACAGGCGAAGGAGGAUUUUAUGUUAUCAAAAAGAGGAAGGAGAUGAACGACUUUUAA